CGAUCACUCACUCCUUUUUAUGUAUUCUUUGUCUAAUUGAGUUGGCGGAGGGAGGGAGAAUCUCGCGUGGAAGCGGCCAACCCACCCCCACCCACUGUCAGAGUGCCACGGUUGUCACGCAGCUGCUGUCCCUUCACGCAUAUUAGUUGUCUUGACUAAAACGUCACACGCACAAACGAACGCGCGUGGAAGCUCCUUUCCCUUGCCAUGGAACCUGUUGUCAUUCGGCGCGCGUGGAAUAUUUGUGGCACUCACUUCACGUCUUCUUUUGGCCACUCAGCACAUUUUGUCAGGAUGCUCGUUCGGAGAUUUUUAGGUUAAAAAAAAAACCCAAAACGAUUUGAUCGAUUGUUGUGCUGCUGUCUUUUCCUGCGUGUGGAUUGCGUGCGUAAAAGAAAAAAAAAAAGAAAAGUGUGCACGGUGGAGGAUGUUGCAGCUAACAGGUUGGUGUUGAAACUUAAGAAGGAUGCCACGCCGCCGCAGGAGCUUCCACAGGCUCUGCGAGUGAAUAUUAAGAUGUCCACAUCGGCGGAACCCAGCAGGCGGUACUGACAGCAGCUCGUUGAUGGCACUGCGCACCGGGAGGACUUGGUUCGGACGGGUCUUGCGCAGGGUCUCGCGGCUGCAGGGCUCCUGGUCCAGGCGCUCCAGCAGUCUUUUGUGUCUCUCCGCCAACCAGGAGCACGAUCCGGGCUUCCCGUACCGCAGCCCCAGCCGCCCCGCAGGCGCCCACCUCGGCCACCGUCAUCGGAGCGCGUCCGCCGCCGCCUCCAGGCGCAGUGCACUCGGCUUCUUCCCUUCUCGUCGCACCAUCCCGGGGAACACGAGGGGACAUGAGCCCCUCACUCGCCGGCUCCUCGUGGCCAUGAAGCGGCAAAACGUGCGGACCUUAUCCCUGAUCGUUUGCACGUUCACCUACCUGCUGGUGGGGGCCGCCGUCUUCGACGCCCUGGAGUCCGACUUCGAGAUGAGGGAGAAGGAGCAGCUAGAAGCCGAGGAGAGGCGCCUCCAGGGGAAGUACAACAUCAGCGAGGACGACUACCGCAAGCUGGAGACCAUCAUCAUGGAGGCCGAGCCCCACAGAGCCGGGGUGCAGUGGAAAUUCGCCGGUUCCUUUUACUUUGCCAUCACGGUCAUCACCACCAUAGGCUACGGGCACGCGGCGCCAGGAACCGACGCGGGGAAGGCCUUCUGCAUGUUCUACGCCGUCCUGGGCAUCCCAUUGACUCUGGUGAUGUUCCAGAGUCUCGGUGAGCGAAUGAACACGUUUGUCAAGUACUUGCUGAAGCGCAUCAAGAAGUGCUGUGGUAUGAGCAUCACCGACGUCUCCAUGGAGAACAUGGUGACCGUGGGCUUCUUCUCGUGCAUCGGCACGCUGUGCAUUGGCGCCGCUGCCUUCUCGCACUACGAGGACUGGAGCUUCUUUCAGUCGUACUACUACUGCUUCAUCACGUUGACCACCAUAGGCUUCGGGGACUUUGUGGCCCUGCAGAAGAACAGGGCCCUGCAGAAGAAGCCCCUCUACGUGGCCUUCAGCUUCAUGUACAUCCUGGUGGGCCUCACGGUCAUCGGGGCUUUCCUCAACCUGGUGGUGCUGCGCUUCCUGACUAUGAACAGCGAGGACGAGCGGCGGGACGCCGAGGAGAGGGCGUCGCUGGCGGGGACCCGCAACAGCAUGAUCAUCCACAUCCAGGACGAGUCGCUGCAGCGAGGGCGGGGGGGCCGCGAGAGCCGCCGCGACGAGAUGAGCGACUUGCACUCUGUUUGCUCCUGCAUGCACUACCACUCGCACGACCUGGCCACCUCCGGGGGGCUGAUGGGCAGACUGGGGUGUGCCUUCUCCCACCAGAACUCGCUGGGCUCGCAUCUGAACCCGGGUCACUACUAUCACUCCAUCUCCUACAAGAUCGAGGAGAUCUCGCCCAGCACGCUGAAGAACAGCUUCUACCCGUCGCCCAUCAGCUCGGUGUCGCCGGGCCUCCACAGCUUCACGGACAAGCUCCAGCUCAUGAGGAGGAGAAAGUCCAUCUAGUCCGCCCUUGCCGAACCUCAUUCCAAGCACUUUCCCUUUUUGUUCUUUUUUUUGUUUUGUUUUUGCUCCUGAUGGAGAACACACUCAUGGGAUGCAAAGCAUGAAGCAUGGAUGUCUAUUUUUUCAAGGGAUUACCACACACCUUUUAGACCUAGAUGGAAUCUCCAAAACUCUUAUCUAAAAACGUUGGUUUCCUACCAAAUGAGGCACACUGGUAUUUUUCAUAAGGGAGGACGCUCGUGUCACCUUAACUUGAAGAACCCGCCGCGGAGACGCAGAGGAUGAUUUCUCUACAAGCCAUCACACACAAACAUUGUCGCUAAUAUUAGCAUGUGCAUUUAAUAAUCGGUACCCUGUAUUUUUUAUGACAUUCCUUUGUCUGUCGUCAACCAGCUUUGUUUGGAAUCCAAAGGAUCAUGCUGCUGUUCCUAAUAUCGUUCUCCUUAUUUUCUCCUUUUGUGGAGCAUUAAAGAUGGUAUCUGGCCGGGCGAGCUCUAAAUGCGCUCACGAACACAAACACUUUUAUUGACGGCUUUUGUGCCGCUCGCUCCGUUCCCUGGGAUUCGUUAUUGAACGCAUCAAUAUGAAAUGAUCCUGCAGGGAUAACUCCUCUGCAAAAGUGGCAGACAUAGCGAGUGCAGGCAAAAGAUGUGUCAGGAUUUGAAUAAAGUGGAAAGCCAUCAUUUCUAUGAAGCGACACACGGGUCAAAAGACAGAUGACUAGACGGCGGUCCGAAUGAUGAGAUAUUGGCAUUUGAUGUUCCUCCGUAUGGAUUCUCUGCGACCCUGCAGCUUCUUUUAACAUUGGUUUUCAAACAUUUUCCAAAUUCACCUAAUAAUGAAUGAUCUGAAUUUAGAGCAGUACCAAAUAAUACCUCGUCAUACACUCAUACACACACGUCAUAAUGUCAGAAUAGUGAGGCCAAUUCCUUUAUUUUUGGUGCAAGAUUGGAGACUGAGAAUAUUUGACAAUUGAUUAAAAGAUGAGUAUGAGAUAAGAAAGCAAAAGUCUGCAUCUGAUACACAUCUUAGAAAAUGACAAUCAAACCUGUGAUCCACUGGCAUUUGUCAGUCUUUCGUGUCCAAAUCAAUCUCUGAACUUAAACCCUGUAGAGGAUGCAUUUUGCCCGCUAAAAAGGAUACUGAAGGGAGCUACCUUUUAAAAUAAACUGAAAGAGGUUGUGGUAAGA